CAAUACCAACGAGACACUGUUACCCAAAACCCACGAGGCAGGGGUGGAUCAGCACCUAGAGGUAGAGGGGGAUCAUCAAGGAGAACCUACAGAUCUUCACCUCCUAGGCAUCAAGAUCGCCAAGGCACACGACUCGAAUACCGUGAUGACUCUAUACCACACUCAAAGUCAACCAUAUCCCUCACCUCAGUAAAAGCAGACGAUAACCCAACACCUCAACCAAAUGAAGUUCAAGUCAUCCCCAAAACUGCAAAGCCCCAAUCAGUACAAUACCAUGAUACUGGAGCGAAACCACCUGAUGUGAGGCCCAAAGAUAUAAAGAAGACAACCACCAUACCAACAGUUGCAAAGCCUCAACCAGUACAAGAUCAUGAAACUGGAGCCAAACCACUUGAUGUGAAGUCAAAAGAUACUAAGAAGUCAACCACAGCACCAACUAAAAAUGACCAGUCAACACCAAUUGAAAACCCUUUUCAAACGCUGUGUGACCUUGGUGAAGAUGACUCACCACUACAGGACAAUGAGGACCUAGAUCCAUCUGACACAUGCAGUGUCAUAUCUAGCUGCUCAGACAACACAGGUUUUUAUGAGAGCUCAACAGAAAUUGAAGACACAGCACCCAGUGACAACUUAUCCAAACCUAAGAGUACACCAAUUACCUCAGUAUGGACCAGUCCUUCUCCACCUUUAUCCCAAAACUGUGGAAAAGCCCCAAAUGACCUUGAUGGCCUCUCCCAGGCCAUAGGUAAGCAGUGACUAGGCAACCACCCCCCUGUAAAAUUUUUGUACAGUAAUGCAGAUCAGUUAUCUAACAAAAUCAAAGAGCUUGAAUUAACUGCAGAAUCUGAAACUCCC